GUUUCGCCCAUCGUUGAAUAUAUCCAAAAACAGUAAGAUGCAUAGACCUUUGAUACUGUCAUAAAUGAUUAUAACCAUAAGUAACGAUAGAAAAUUAUUUUUAGGAAAUAAUGCUGUCGAUGAGAAUCGUAAACCAUCAAAUAGAGUGCUUAAAUUUAAGAAAUCGUUAAUUACAACAAGCCGUAAAUUUAAUUGUUCUGUGAAAAAUCUAGAUCGUUUAGUAGGAGGGGCAGAUGCUUUCGAAGAAAGGGAAGAGAUACCGAAACCAGCGGAAAAAACUGUGGAACAAACUGAAGCAGUAGAAAUAGCAUCUGUGAAAAAAGAAGAUGGAAAAUCUAUUCUUACAGUUGGACCAUGCUGUAUUUGCAUGUCGCAAGUGUCAGAAUUAACCGGAGAUAAGAAGGUGGAUGAAAUGAUUGAUUAUGUGCAUCAUAAUUUACAAGAAGUCGGUAAAGCAUUGGCCAGCUUAGGCGAGAAUUUUGAGCAUGAUUCAAAGUUGAUGUUCGCUGACAUAUUUGGUCGAAUACAACAAUGGAUUGGGUUGGUUCAAAACAAGUUGGACAUUUGUAAGAACGAGAUCGAUGCAUUACGUAAAGAACUGAUAGCACAAGCUUGUGAAAUCAACAAUCUAAGGAAAUUGCUGGCAGAAUGCCGGCAAGAACGAGAGAAAUUAGAUGUAGCCACUCAGAUAGUUGAAACUAGAAUAACUGAGGCUUCGGUAGAACCAGAAACUCGACCUGUUAUUGAGGAAGCAAGAAAAGAAGAAGUUGUUAUGAAACAUAUAAAAAAGCCAAAAGAACCUGAAGAAAAAGAAAAAAAAAACGAAGGCUCUGAAAGAGUAAUAAAAGAAGAUACUGAAAGAGUAAUAAAAAAAGAUACUGAAAGAGUGAUAAAAGAAGAUACUGAAAGAGUAAUGAAAAAAGAUAGAGUGAUGAAAGAAGAUACUGAAAGAGUAAUAAAAAAAGAUACUGAAAGAGUGAUAAAAGAAGACACUGAAAGAAUAACAAAAGAGCCCAAAGAGAUUGAAAUUUGUACAGAUGCAGCUAUUCAAUCAAUUUUGAAAGAUAAAGAUUCACUGAGACGAGAAAUCGAACUUGAAGGUGAGAUAGCAAGACUUCGUAAGGAAAAUGAACGUAUAAUAAAAGAACGUGCCGAAUAUGAGAAUGCGAUACAACGAGCAUUACUACGAGGUGUUUCUUCUUUGAAUGUCGAAGCAUUGAGAGUUUUGCGUUGUCCGCCAAUUCCAUGUUGUACUCCCUGUGCACCUUGUCCUGCUUCUGCUACGGAACCGAUUGUGCCUUGUAAAAAGGACGGUGCAUCGGCUGGUCUCGCUAAAGGUUGCGUCACUCAACGUACUGGCAAUAGUGGAAGAAAUACUGUUCACGAACAAAGUUAUUAUACUGUAAAACGACCUUGUGCCAGUCCUUGCUGUUCUGCUGGAAAAAGUCGGAAACCCGCGUCGAACAGUAGUAUGCUUUUUCUUCUUCAUCAGAGAGACACGGAAAAUAUUUGUAUCUCAAAUAACAUGUUAAUGUCUCAAGUUUGUGGCUCACCGGUUAUGAAAAAGAUUGAAAUACCACCGUGUCCCAGAUUUAUAUAAGAUUCAUUUCUUCAUUAUUGAGAUAUAAAUAUUAAAGUUAACUAUUUCAUUGCAAUAGUAUUAGCCGUGAAGAUAUGACGUGAUAAUACGAAUAAAAGCUUCAUGAAGUGAAUUUGAUGUCGUUGUAUAAAAUACGACGCAUUUAAAAAUCAUAAAUAUUCUUCAUAUAAAAAUAGAAAUAUACCUCUUCACUAUAGAAAUUCCGAACUUUUUAAUUAAAACACGAUCAAACGAAUCGUUUAAAUUUAAAAUUGUAGUGUCUUUCAUAUUAUGAUGUGAAAGUAAUAAAGAA